AGGAAAUUCCUUGGCAAAUUCAAUUUGCUGAUCAGCGCGGUAUUAACAAUCGCACCAAGGAACUUGAGACCGAAAUGGAGCAAGUUACAAAAGAGAGAGACAACCUGAAAUCAUUAAAUGCCCAGGUUAUUCCAGAGGUAAAGCACCUAAGAAAGGAACAAGACAAAAUUAACAGAGAAAAUAACGAACUAAAUGAAACAAUCCAUUUACUAAAAAACGAAUUGUUAAACAAUCAGAACGCUCUGAAAAAUGCCAGAAAGCAGCUUUCUAAUACUGAGCGCAUCCUUGAUGACUCGAGAAGAUCGCACAAUCACAUAAAAGCUGAGUUAGAAGAAAAAGUCGCAUCUCUUGAGAAACAACGUAACACGCUAACUGCCGAACGUGAUGAUUUGAAAAACAGGUACAGCAAGUUGGCUGGUCACAAGCUCACCGAUCAGAAUCCUGACAUAGCGGACCUGAGUGAUCCUAACAGAGCCAUGAAGUUGUCCGAACGCUUCGGGACUCUGUAUGAUGACGAAUGGACGAACGCAUUUGAAGAGCUAAGUGACAAGCUGAAUGUAGAAAAGCAAGAAGCUGUAACAUUUUUACUGCGAUGUUUACAUGAAUGCUGGACUAAAAGUCAAGACUUAGCCUCAGACUGGAUGGCUGCAUUGAAUAAUGCCUUCAUCUUUCCGAUUCAAAAUCCAGAGCCUAAUCAGGAUUUUGCGGAUGUAAGGCGGGGUGAGGGGCUUGGGUCAAAGGAACUACGUGCUAUAAGAGACGCUCGCAGAUUGAUUGGUCCGCACGUUGUAGAUAUGGUGAAACAGCACUGUUUAACACAGAUUUGCCAGGACGAACAAGAAAAACUAGCUGCCUGCAAACCUUAUUUAGAGAGUUGCGCGGAAAUAUGCUGGCUAAUGGCAUUGGCGGACCCUCCUCUGUACGUUGAUUUUACUGCCCAGCAUGGAGAUGCGUUUGAUUCCACACGCUACACAGUGUAUGAGAAAUCUGGAAAUACGAUACACUACUUGGUGUGGCCAUCUCUGUAUGCCAGCAAGGGUGGGGGACUAUUGUCAAAGGGAACGGCGGCAACGCUGAGAACAAUAGAAAAAAGCGACCAUGAUAAUGCAUAAUGACAGAAGCAUAUUGCAUAUGUGUUUGAUAAAACGUAUCAUUCAGUUUUUAUUCAUGCUAAAUAUAUGGAUAUGUAUAUUUUA